AUGCCGACAGUGCUGAAUCGAAUCGCCGUCCUUGCCGCUGCACCUUCCACAGUUGGCUGUGGCAGCCAUCCGGUCUCCUUCUCCGGCCCAGCAGUGGUAACAGCUGCACGCCUCGUCAUCAGCCUCGGCCUCGACCUCGACCUCGACCUCGAUCUCGACUUCGACACGGCUUUCCUGAGCAUGUCCUCCUCCGCUGCACGCCAGUAG